AUGGCAUCCCAGCACAGCGUCUUAUUAAUUAGGAGGGUGCACGGCAUGACUGCCAUCAGAAUUGUGAGGGGAUACCGCACAAUUUCUGGGGCUGUGGCGAAGUUCCUUGCGGAGUUCCCAAGCCGGGAAGUUUAUGUUGGCACUAGGGGGCUGGGGAACGGCGGAGGCGCUGCGGUGGUAAAGAUGCAUGCGCAGCAGAAGCUGCUUGCGCGAUGGCGCUCCUCUGGAGACAGAGGGAAUGACGGGACGGCGAAAUGCGAACACGGGGUUCCGGCAGCAAGGGUUGGGGACGCAGAAUAG